GGGAGGACUGGCUUGCUUUCGUGGGUGGGGACAGAUGGUCAUUGUGAGCUUUCUGGACACACAGAGACCGGCAGGAUGGACUUUCUCCGGCUUCGUCUCCCUGGGCUACAUCAGGCUUUGAGGGGAGCACUGGACUCCUUCAGUGCGUUUGUGUCCUACCUCAUAGGAGACACAGUCCCCACAGUAGAGAGGAGGCAGACACAGGCAGCUGAGGAACUGGGGGAGGUGACUGCGGGGAAGGUGGUAGAGGAGGAAGCCCAGGAGGUACUGGAGGGACUUAGAAGUGGCCAGAGUGAGAGGGUAGGAGCACCUGAAGAGACCAUAAGAUGCCAAGAAGGAAAUUUAGCUGGUGAACAGACCUGGGGGUGGAGAGCAGAUAGCUCCACAAGGCCCCAAGCAGAAAGGCAGGACACUGGGUCCAGGAAGGCAGCUGAGGGGGCCAGGGGCCAGGAGCCAAGUGUCCCACUGAAGCCUGAGGCAGGGCCUGGGACUCACAGAGACAGGAACAGUAAUACAUCCCAGGAGAUCUGGGAGCACAGCGAGGAGGAAUUGAGCACUGGGGAGCCACUGAGAACCUGUGAACAGAAGGGAGAAGAGGAGGAGGUGGUCAGAGCUGCAGAGCCAGGGAUGGCCAGGGGGGUGGAGUCAUGGCCAACCUGGCACAGAGAGCCUGAGGGGAAUGCUGGAACUGAGGGGCAGAAUGUGACAGAGGACAGCAAAGAGAUAGACUGGGUGGCCAAAGACAUAGUUGCUGAAGUUGAGCAGUUUGGUGCCAAAGGGGCUGACAAGGAAGAGGAGAGGAUGGUCCCAACUAGGGAUGGCCAAAGUGCAAGGGCACAGGGGACACAAUGCCCAGGGGCAGAGUCUGAGGACUGGGCCAUGUUGAGUAGAGAAGUCUGGACAGUCUUAGGCAGGGAGGGGGCUGAUAGCCCAGGAAUUCAGGAAGCAGAAUGUGGGUUGGACCCAGGAGACAGCACCCCAGAAGCUACUGGGAGAGUCUGGGUCCUAGAAGAGGCUGUCAAGGGAGGCCAGCAGGAUGCAAUCAAUGAGAAGAGAGAGGCUGAAGUUAGGCUUCCGAUCCAGACCCUGGAGGCCGAGAGAACCAGAGAGAUGACUGAAAGCCAGAUAGCCAGAAGCGGGGUUGUGGCAGACCAGGAGACAGGGUACAGCUUUGAGGAAGAGGAGAGGCAAGACUUGGCCAUCAGGGAUAAUGAAAUGAGUCUGGAAGAGGAGGUGCAGGCAGAAGAAUCCUCCAGGGAGAAAAGGAGCUCCUGGACCACAGAGGCUAUACCAGUCUUAGAUACGGAGGCUAAAGAUGAGCCUGACUGGGAAGACUCUCUAGAAGCCAGGACUGAGAAGCUGUUUGUGCAAGAGAAGAGUGAAGCAGCUCAGAUGACACCAGAGAUAUUGAGAGUAAAGGUUGCUGAAGGACUGGACCCUGAGCUGAUGAGAGGUUCCCAGACCUUGACUAAACAACUUGAGGAAGGACAGAAGGGUCAGGAAGAGACAAGUGGAGCUCCAGACCUGAGCCCAGAGGGGAUACUAAGCUUGAAGGAAUAUCCUAGGCCUGUGGGGUUUGCAGGUCCUGAGCUAGAAGCCUGGGGACACUGGAGUAGGGGUGUAGACAGCAGUAAUAGCCAGGAGGUAAAUGCAGAUGCUGAAGCAGGCAAGGAACAGACUGCAACUGAGCAGGCUGUGGAGGUCCAGGCGGAAGGAGGCCAGGAGGCUCAACAGCCAGAGGUCUUCGGAUCAGGAGGAGAGGAGGAACUGACCUCCAUAGCACUUAACCCAGAGCUGGAGGGAAGCCAAGGAUCAGAGGCAGGAACAGGACAGUCAGUGGAGGAAUCCAAGCCCACAGAAAACGGGGCUGCUGUGGAGGCUGUAAUGCUUUGGGAGGCCAAUGGGACUUGCAGGAAGAGGAGGCUGGAGGAGGUGGCUCUGAGUCUGCAAGGCAGUGAGGACACACAGACCAGUUAUCUGGCUGAUGAGAUUACUGUGGGUAUCAGGACUGCAGAUGCCGAGGAAGGGUCAAAAUGGGAAGCUGUGGCUCCAGAAACGGAGUUUGGGAAAGCCUGGUAUUUCGAGGGCAGAGGGGAGGCUGGGAAAGACAUGGAGCUGGAGGAGGCCACGGAGAAACAAAGUGGGCAGGAAGUUGGCUUGGAGGGCUCAGCAGAGGAGAAGUUGUCUGGCUAUGAUAUCCAAAAAAUUGAUGGGCCUGAAGAGGGGGAGCAGGCAGAGAUGGAGACAUCUGUAAUGGCAGAAGAAACAAGAGGGAUGGAUGGUGUGACUUUAGGCUCCCAGACAGAGAGAGCAGAGGGGUCCAUAGCCACUGUGGAGACUGAAGGGCUCCUAAGAGAUCAGAUGCUGUCGAAAGAAGAGGUUGGGGGAGGGCAGUCACGAGAGCAGAAUGUCCACAACUCAGAGGGCGAGAUCCGAAAGCUACGGGAGGAAGAGGAUGCCACAUGCGAAGCACAGAAGACAGAGAUCCAGGAGACCCAUCCUGGUCUGGAUGAGUCUUCAGGCCAGGAGGGGCAGCAGAUACACCAAAUCCCCACAGUAGCUGUGCCUGGGCCCUUGGAAUCGGAUGAGGCCACAGCAGGUGCCCCAGGGGAUAUUCACAGCAACUGGAAUGAGGCCCUACUCCCUGGGUCCCGCCUGGAUGUCUCUGUCCCUCGGAGUCGUGUGCUCCUCUCUCGAAGCUCCUCACGGCGGCGCUCAAGGCCCUCUUUCCGUCGAAUCUCUGUUCUUGAGCAGCAGUGUGACCCUCCCAGUCCCCAACCCCAGGAGGAGCUGCAGGUCCCUGAGCAGUCCCCUCUUCAGCUAGAGGAAACUCCGGAGCUAAGUGCCACAAGGCCUGAAGGGACUCCAGUGCCAGCCAGAAGAAAAGUGCUGGGGCAUGGGUUUGGCUUCGCUCAUCCUGGCAUGAUGCAGGAGCUGCAAGCCCGACUGAGCCAGCCAAAGCCACAGUGACAGCUUAGAGCUCUCGUGAGAGAGGUCUCCUAAGGGAGGGUCUGAAGGCUCUUCUGGACCCUGGUUCCCCUUGACUCCUUCAGCCACUGGAGCACACCUUUUUCACCCUCUGGAUCUCAUCGAAACUAGAUAUUUUUGAAGACCUUGAAUCUAAGGAGUCUGAUUGUUAGUGGGGGACUUGCUCCACUGGCAUCGAUCGUGGAUUCCUUUCCUGGUCGCCUUUCCCAUCUGUCUCAGCUACUCGGAAGACUUCAAGGAAGACAGGGUUGGGGAGACUAUUUCUCCCUAAAUUUCCACUGUAUGAUCACCUGCCUCCCAAUUACCCAUCAUGAUGGAUCCCCACAGAGAGCUGUGUAAGAUAGCACACCUCUGGGGUGGAAGCCACCUCAAAGGAAAGAGGGUCAAGGGCCAAGGGACACCACUUGGAGUCGGUGGCGACGUGCAACAGACCAGUUGCUUUGAGUUUCCAAAAUCACAGCUCAGUAUCACAACUCUGCAGGCUACUAUGCUAACCUCCAUGACAGAGCUGGGGAAUGUUGCCCAGGAGCUCAAAGAAUAUAGGAGUAGAGAGAGGUUCUGGGUGGCUGAAAGCUUCCCCCCUCCCCAACUCUUUCCCAAACUGUUCUGUUCUUUAGGUGUCAGACCUUCCUGUGAAAAGACAUGGAAACACAAACUGGGUUGGACGACUUUAUUAGGCACCCAGCAUGGUGGUGGCCUAACUCAAGAAUCAAACAAUAAAUAAACCAUUUCCUAAAAAUAAAUAAAUAUCCAAGAAAUAAAUAUCUGGUAAGGA